AACAAAUUUCCUACUCUAGCGCUUCGAAACAAAUCUGCAACGUUUCACUCCAUCUGCGCGUGCUCCAGAGCGCGAGAAUUGGUUGCCUUGCUCGACCGGAACCGGAUCGAUCGGAGUCCAUGGCGAACGCCGGGCUGCGUGCGUACCGGGAGGUGCUGCGGCUUGUGGGGCGGCUGCCCGCCGACGUGCGGACCUACUACGCCAAGUACGCCCGCGAGAACUUCGUCAACUACCGCCACCUCUCCGCCGACGACGACCUCGCCGCCCUCCUCCGGCGCGCGCACGACCACUCCGCUUGGGUCCUCUCCAAGCAAUGGACGAUGCUGGUGAGAUCGGAGGAUAGGGAUCUUCUGGGCGCGGCGAUGGGGCGAUCCGGCAUCUUCAAAAUACAUUGGCGACCUGAACAGAACUGAUGCUUGUGCCUCCUUGUUCUUAGCUUUUGCCCUUGUUCCUGCAAAGUUUUUCGUGGGUAUUUGUGUAUCAAAUUGUGUUAUCAUAGAGGACUACUGAAGAUUAUUACUCAUCUAAUUGUGUUACCAUAGAGGAACCUUGAAGAUUAUAAGAGGGAAAGUGCGAUCAUAAGACAAGUAGUGUUCAGUAAGUAGC